CCCCUGCCCGCUUCCCGGCCGCCCCCUCCGCCCAGCGCAGCCCGCGGAGUCCCCUUCGGCUCAGCCCAGCCCGGCCUGGGGGCCCGCGGGUGGCGCCGGGUCCCGACCCGCUCCCGGGCCGAGCCGAGCCCAGCCGAGCCGCUCUGGCUCCUUUGUCUGCGGGCGGCGGCCGCCCGGCCCCGGCCCCGGCCCCGGCCCCGGCCCCGGCCCCCGGCCCCCCGGCCCGGGCUGGGAGAUGCGUCUGUAACCGGCGGCCGCCGGGCACCCGGGGCGAAGGCGGCUCGGGCUCGGGCUCGGGCUCGGGCUCGGGCUCCGGAUGUGCUAGGUGUGGGCCGGCCCCCACCCCACCCUGACAAGUGACCAUGGAUCCUGGAGCCGGGGCAGAGUCAUCUCUGACUGUCAAUGAGCAGGUCAUCGUGAUGUCAGGCCACGAGACCAUCCGCGUGCUGGAGGUUGGAGUGGAUGCCCAGAUCUCUGCUGAGGAGGAGGGCAAAGGGCUGGAGGGUGUGGCUGCCGAGGGCUCCCAGAGCAGAGGCCCUGGCGAAGCCAGUGAACCAGCUGGUGAGGCUGGGCCAGACAACCCGGACUCCUCUGCAGAGGCAACUGUGAAGUCUCUCCCGGGGAUCCCUCCGAGUCCUGCCCCCGCUGUUGCCACCUUCAGCCAAGCCCCGAGCCAGCCUCAGGCAUCGCAGACCCUGACACCACUGGCUGUACAAGCUGCCCCCCAGGUCUUGACUCAGGAAAACUUAGCCACAGUUCUGACAGGAGUUAUGGUUCCGGCAGGGGCAGUUACUCAACCUCUUCUUAUCCCCAUCAGUAUUGCAGGUCAAGUGGCUGGUCAGCAGGGGCUGGCCGUGUGGACAAUUCCUACGGCAACCGUGGCCGCCCUCCCAGGACUGACAGCUGCUUCUCCCACGGGGGGCGUUUUCAAGCCACCUUUAGCCGGUCUGCAAGCAGCCGCCGUGCUCAACGCCGCGCUCCCGGCCCCCGCGCCCGCCGCGCCCGCCGCGCCCGCCGCCCGCGUCCCGGCCGCCCCGCCCGCCCCGCCGCGGCCCGCGGCCCAGCCCCAGCCGCUCUUCCAGCCGCAGCCGCUGCUGCAGACGGCGCCCGCCCUCCUGCCGCAGCCCCCCGCCGCCGCCGCCGCCGCCGCCGCCGCGCCCAAGCCGGUGGACGCCCCCCCGCAGAUCGCCGUGCAGCCUGCAGGCUUCGCCUUGAGCCCGGGAAUCAUCAGUGCUGCUUCCCUCGGGGGACAGACCCAGAUCCUAGGCUCCCUCACUACCACUCCGGUCAUUGCCAACGCCAUUCCCAGCAUGCCGGGGAUCAGCAGUCAGAUCCUCACCAACGCUCAGGGACAGGUUAUUGGAGCGCUUCCGUGGGUAGUGAACUCGGCUAGCGUGGCAGCCCCAGCACCAGCCCAGAGCCUGCAGGUCCAGGCUGUGACACCCCAGCUGUUGUUGAAUGCCCAGGGCCAGGUGAUUGCGACCCUGGCCAGCAGCCCCCUGCCUCCACCUGUGGCUGUCCGGAAGGCAAGCACGCCUGAGUCCCCUGCUAAGAGCGAGGUACAGCCCAUCCAGCCCACACCAGCUGUGCCCCAGCCUGCGGUGGUCAUCACCAGCCCCGCCCCAGCGGCCAAGCCAUCUGCCUCUGCUCCCAUUCCAAUCACCUGCUCUGAGACCCCUACUGUCAGCCAGUUGGUAUCGAAGCCACAUACCCCAAGUCUGGAUGAGGAUGGAAUCAACUUGGAAGAGAUCCGGGAGUUUGCCAAGAACUUUAAGAUCCGACGGCUGUCCUUGGGCCUCACGCAGACUCAGGUGGGUCAGGCUCUGACUGCCACGGAAGGCCCAGCCUACAGCCAGUCAGCUAUCUGCCGGUUCGAGAAGCUGGACAUCACACCCAAGAGUGCCCAGAAGCUGAAGCCAGUGCUGGAGAAGUGGCUGAAUGAAGCCGAACUCCGGAACCAGGAAGGGCAGCAGAACCUGAUGGAGUUUGUGGGAGGGGAGCCCUCCAAGAAACGCAAACGCCGCACCUCCUUCACCCCCCAGGCCAUAGAGGCUCUGAAUGCCUACUUCGAGAAGAACCCGCUGCCCACAGGCCAGGAGAUCACCGAGAUUGCUAAGGAGCUCAACUACGACCGGGAGGUCGUGCGGGUCUGGUUCUGCAAUCGGCGCCAGACGCUCAAGAACACCAGCAAGCUGAAUGUCUUUCAGAUCCCUUAGGGCUCGGCCCCCAGCCUUGCGUUCCAGCACUUUGUACUAUUCCCUUGGCACCUGGCUGCAGCCACUGCCGUGACAGCACCUGUCCACGGGCAGCUGUGCUCGUCCGGGGUCGUGAGAGUCCACUGUGUGCAUGUGCAUCCACUGCCUCCCUCCUGUCCUCCACAUAUCUCACAGCCUGGGGAGGGCGGAGGGGCCCACCCGAGGACUCCAGGCUCUUCUCGGGGCCGGUCACGCCAAGGGACCCCUCCCUUAAGUGGUGUCACUUAAAGAAGCACUUUGCUAAUGUGGUUUUCAAAGGGUGAGUCCUGGUUGGGAACCAGAAACUCUCCGUCUUUGGGGCAGGGCCACCGCAGCCUCUGAGGACCCCUGGCCAUUAGCUCUUGUUUUUGAUGGCAUUCUCUCUCUCCACCCUCCUUUCCCCUUUGCUCCUCUGUGUAAGCGUGGCAGGUACAGCAGCUUGUCCAGCGGAACCACAGCCUCACCUCCCAGGCACACUGUCCCUGAAAGGACCCAAGAGGCACAAUUCUGAAAAGUGUGAUGAGCUGCUCAGAAGGUCAGGCUCAGUGUCCGCCUUGCCUUCAAGGUCAGAAGGUUCCCACAGCCCUGGGGCCAGAACAUGUGAUCUCCUUUCCCAUUUCUUCCUGAUUCCUUUGGGGGGAAAUUGCACUAAAGCAGAACCUUUUCACGUGUGAUCCGUGUUGGAAGGAAGCAGCUUUGAACUCUAGCUGUCCAGGAGCUGACCUAGGUCUACAGCAGGUUGGGAACUAAAUAAAUAAGCCCAUCCUCCCAGAUUUUAGUCUAAUUUCUGCCCAUGGCUGUCCCCCCACCACUAAACAGUGAGGCUUAUAAAGAACUGGCGGCCUAUAAAAAUCGUGCUUCCCAAGCUUCCAAUUGUUUUUCCCCAGCACCUGGAGAAAAAAGAGGGAAGGGAUCUGACUCUCUUUCUCUUGUCCUCCCACUCACCCCCAACCCAGUACUGGGCCUUCUCACAAGGGGCAAGUGAAACCCUAAACCUGACAGCAAGACCCUGGGGAAAAGGUCAACAUCCAGAAAGAGCUGACGGCAGCCCAGGAAGGUCUCUUGCGGAAGGUGACUUAACUCUAAUUUUCUUUGUGACUUUGAGCCUUGGAUACCGGAGGAGAAAUCUUAUUUUGUCCAAAGUCUUAGACCACGUGUUUGUGCAAGCAAUCCCCCCACCCCCGGCCCCAUGCUCCUCUGAGUCAAGAAGACCCCCCAAAGCAGGAUGGGUGUCACCUGUAGAGAGGACAGCUAUGGCACAUUGAGGGCUGGCGUCUCAUCCAAGCUGCUAAGUGAGUUUCCCAGCCUCGCUGUGGCUGGACAGUCCCUGGAACUCAGUAUAUUGCUCCGGGAGGUCAGGGGAGCACUAGGAGGUUUGCUUAGAUGAACCUAGACUUGCUGUGUAGACUGUCCCUAAAGGGCCACCAGUCACAGGGCCGGGUCUGCAGCAGCUGCCCCGCACUGCCCCUCACAUGACACACCCUGACGUGGUGGCAAGGGCAUGUCCCCACCCCCGCUGGAUGCAGAGCCACCUCCUCGUCCAGCUUCCUCUGGCUUGCUGUUGUUUCCUGGUCCGUGUCCGGCCCGACCUUGCAGAGUGGCCACACUCUUGGUGCCCCGCCAGUGAGAGGACAAUUGUGUCAAACUGCCGCACACACACACACACACCGCCACCCCUGCCCCACUGUGUUCAGACCCCCCAGGCCUCCCUGAGUGUGGUGGGAGUGAGGAAGCAAGCGAGCACCUUAACUGCCCCAGCCUCCCAGGAAAGAAUACGUGUCCCAUGGCGGGGGCAGGGGGGGCUUCACCCUCAGAUUUAGGGUUAUCAACUCUGUCUCAGGGAGAUGCGGAGCUCACCUGGGAGGGUCGCUGUAAACAAGUUGGCCGUCAGAAGAGUUAAAGUCCUGGAGCUUGUAAAGGCCUCAGUGACUCACACUCCAAUAAAUUACAGGGAGGCAGGUUUGUCGCCCUCAAGCACUUGUGUUCAGCUAUGCUUUCUUUUUUGGGAGAGACAAGUGGGUCACAGCUGGAGCCCUGGGAGUAGCGUAUAAUCCCGGGUGUGUCCAUGGCAGGAGAUAUGCAGGAGGAUGCCAUCUGUCCUGGUCUGGGAAAGGAAAGCGAUAAUGAAGUUCUGGUCUAAAUUAGGCCCGGCCAUGCUUUCUCAGCUCCUCCUUUUUCUAAAUUUGUCUUCCCGAGGCUGGGCUAAGGAUGAAACCGGUUUCUCUUCUCCAGGAAGGAUGGGUAGGUCUUUCGGAGGGAUGACACCAGGGGCAGAAUUUUUGCAGGCUGAAUUCCCACUGCAGAGUGCCCCCCUCCCCCCGAAAUGGCCCAAGGCAGAGCUCACAGCCCUGCUGUCCCUACUGCUCCCCGACUGUAGGGUCCUCAGGAGUAGCUAUCUGUACCCAAGGGGGGGUUUUUGCUUUGUUUCUGGUAGCAUCAGGCUCUGAAGGGAGUUUAUAUAAUUUUUGUUUUGAAAGCACCUUUCUGGACAGAAGCCAGAGCUUCGUGGCCCCUUUGCCGUGGAAAGGCAGGAGAAGGGACAGAAAUGAUCUGUUUGUGUGUGGUAUUGUUUGUUUUAAGCGAAAGAAAGACCAAAACUUUCCAUGGCCUAGUGAAUCAGCUGGGGUCUUUGAGCCUGCACUGUCCACGGCAUUUCAUCUAGUGGGGGCCCAGGAAAGAAUUUGGCCCCACGCGAUUGAGGAACACGCUUGAGUUUGGAAUGAGAGACCCUCACGUUUUUCAUGUCCUUGGACCCUAUCACCUUCCUCUGCCUAGAUUCCCUUCCUGUCCCCUAAGGCCAGGCUCUGACACUGGGGUUCUGACCCCGACAUGGGGCAAAGCCUGCCAAGGGCUGGAGUGACGGGCGGGGAGGGAGGAAUGGGGAUGAAGCACUUGGUGUAGUUGUGUGGAAUAAACAGUAUUUUUCUUUUG